UAUUGUAGCGGGCAAGAGGAGGUGUUUUGAACCAGUAGGGACGACACUAUUAUGCUUCUUCAUUUAGUUCAAGUUUUUAAGGAAAUAACUCAGCGCUCAAGAAGAGACAUAGAAACGCGACAAAGAUGAUACUGAUUUGCUUCUUCAUUUUAUUCAAUCCAUUUUUACUCGUUAAUUCUCUUACAAUGAAGGAUCAGAUUAUGUGAUGCAUAUGCGAAUUGCAAAAAUUGAAAGAGAAAAAGGAUGCGAAUAAGAAAAAGAAAUCUAAAAGAGGGUAAAGAUGCAGACUACCAUGUACAACAAGAAAUGGCAGAGAGUACAGUGCAAAGUUCUAAUACCAUUGACCUCACCAUUAAGUCGCUCCACAAAAAUAAAAAAGAAAGUUGUAAGGAGAUGAUACAAAAUGGGAGACCUGAAGAAUCGAAUGAAAGCAAAAAGGAAAAGGAGCAAGAGGGAUCUUUUCAAGAGCAAGAGGCACUGCUUGAAAAACGACAAGCAGAAGAAGACAUUAAUGAUGAGUUCGAGCUCAACAUUAUCAUUAGUAACGAUAAUCUCCUCGAUAAUACAAAUAGUACUAUGAAGGACAAUAACGACGAUAAUGGCUUGAAUCUUCCCACAAGAGAUGAAAAAGGUCAAAGUUACUAUCGUUUGAAGCAAGGGAUACCAAGGAGCGCAAAAUUUCGUUCCAUUAUUAAUAUUUACAAGUGUACGAAUAGGCUCUCAUCACCCGAAGAUGAAUAUAAUUGGAGUCCCCCAGGUACUUUAGAGAACCAUAAAUAUGACGUACAUAAUAAAGGUAAAUCGGGAAAGGACUAAGAGGAUCUUCCAAGAAGAC